GUUUUUUUUCUUUGAGUCAUAUUGCUAAUUUCUCCUGCACAACGGUUGUACGGAUCUGAUGAACUAUUAUAAGUCACGAGAUUAGUAUAUUACAAUUUAAUGAAUUUAUAGACAUUAAAUGGCAGUAAAAAGAAGUAGAAAAUGUAUAGAUUCAGUAAAGUCUUUGGCAUCGACAACUAAUACUGAAUCUCCAAGGAGAAAAAUCAAACUUGAAGCCUAUGAAGCUAUCAAGAAAGAAGAAUCUGAACCAUCCUUGAAAGUAGCCAAUGAAGAGAUUAGGAUUUCCAAGCAUAUAAAAGUCGAAAUAGAAAAAUCUUCAUUAAUCGAACCAAAUAUAUUCCCAUUUGUAGAUAAAGAACAUGAGUCAAUAGGUCCUAAGAAAUGGUCUCAAAUCUACAAUGAAAUUGUAAAGAUGAGAGCCCAGUUCAUGGCACCAGUCGAUACACAAGGUUGUGAAAGGAUGCCUAAUACAAUAAAUCCUAAUAUUAAACAACGAAAUCCAAGAACUUAUAGGUUUCAAUUACUUAUAUCUUUAAUGUUAUCAUCACAAACUAAAGAUGAAGUAAAUUAUGAUGCAAUGAUGAAAUUACAUCAUGGUAUGAUAGAAAAAGGGUUUGCAGAAGGUUUAACAUUAGAGGCUAUAGAAAACUUAAGCGAAUCAGAAAUUGAUUCAUAUAUCAAUAAGGUAGGCUUUCAUAAUAGGAAAUCCCAAUAUAUUAAGAAGACUUGUCAAAUUCUUCGAGAAAAAUAUAACGGAGAUAUACCUAAAACAAUUGAGGAAAUUGUAGAAUUCCCGGGAGUUGGACCCAAAAUGGGUUAUCUCCUUCUUCAAAAUGGUUGGAAUAUAAAUAGUGGUAUAGGUGUUGAUAUUCAUCUACAUAGAUUAGCACAAAUGUGGGGUUGGGUACCUAAGAAUUCUAAAAGUCCAGAAAAUACCCGGCUUGAGUUAGAAAAAUGGCUACCAGAAAAAUACUGGGCUGAUGUUAACCCCUUAACUGUAGGUUUUGGACAAGUAAUAUGUCCUUCGAAGGGGAGUAAUUGUGACUUGUGUAGUUUGGCAAGUAAGGGAUUAUGUACAUCAGCUAAUAAGAAACUAUUGAGGGGCUCAUUGACAGAAGAAAGGAAAAAUAAACUCUUGAGUAAUAGAGCAGAUUUAACAAAGUUAAUAGAAAGUUUAUAAUUAUACUAUUUAAUAUUUAGUAAUAUUUGAAAUCAACUUGAGUUUCUAGAUUUCUUUAACAUUUACUGCGAAAUUUGUUGUCAAAGCUGAUAAAUGUGUGUCAUUCAAUAUUUUUUAAGUAUUCUAUCAAUUAUAUACUAAUUGAGCACUUUAGCCCUUUAUAGCCGAAGCGAGACUCAUCUUGGACGUA